AUGCACUCUUUCAGUGAUCGAUUCGGUGAUGAUUUGUGUCAGGAAUUGUUGUCUUAUCUCUCACUCGAAGACAAAUUCAGAUUUGAAUGCAUUUCAAAGCAGUGGCAAAGACUAGUCUUCGGGAGACAAACGGAUCUGACAUUUGUUAGCAAAUGGUUGAGUAAACCACGGAUUGGUCACGUAAUUGAGUCAAUUGGGAUGAAGUGUCGCAAAUUGUCAUCCAUUAAAAGGGCGUGCGAUCGCCUUUUCGACGCCACAGCCAUCCAUCUAAUGACCCAACACUUCACUCAUUUGACAGCCAUUGACACUGAAUUCUUGGGCCAAAUUGGUGUCACUAGUAUUGACCGUGUUAAUAACGAAUGGAUUAAGAAAUGGAUUGAAAUGUGUGGUAAUUUAGAGUCAAUAAGUUUCUCAGUGUAUUUCUACCCGACAUUACAAUUGGUGACCGAAAGCCGACUCACGUUUAAACGGUUCAAUAGUAUCCACUUCGACCUCACGGAGACUUCUGAUCACGUUAUUCAGCCAUUGGAUGCGUUUGCGGACAAAUACGGCCACCAAAUGAAGACAAUACGCAUCACGAUAACCUCUUUUACGGACGCAUUCUUCACUAAUAUUGGCCACAAUUUGCCAAAACUUCAGUAUUUGGACGUAAAGUUCGUGAAGAUUAGCGACGAGUCGUUGAUAUCAUUGUCUGGAUUGAGCCAAAUCCGUGGCAUUACUCUCACCGGACAUAUUGAACGAUAUAAGUGGUCGAUGAACGUCUCUGUAAUCGCUUUUUACGACAAAAUAGAUUUGUCGAGAAUUGCGGAUCAAAUUAAUAUUCUUGAGUGUUGUUCACAAUUAAAACAAUCAAAACUAUCCGUCGAUUGUCUCAAAAAGUCUGUUUUGGGACAAAACACUCCUAAAUCACAACCGCUUUAUCAGAGAUUACCACAAGAAUCUCCGGAAUUGAGUCCAACAAAGACUGACACUAAAGAGUCCUCAAAACGAGACAUUGAUAUCGAGAAGAAUAUCCAAACAGACUCUCAAGAUAUGAAAGAACCGAAAGGAAGAACCAAUUAUUCUGAUGCCAAAAGACAAUCAAAGAAACCAGAGUUUGAUAUCAUUAACGCGAGUCCUUCCAAAACAUCUUUGAAUUAA